ACACGUUCUCUUAGAGGAGGAAGAGUUCAAUUGUCUGAUAAUCAUAUUAGGCCAUUAAUUUUAUUGAGCUGCCCUUGUUGAUCUCAGUAAUUAAUGUCGGUUUCUUGUGGAGUUGAAUGUGUGUUGGUCUUUGGUUGUCUCCGUUGGGCAUGGAAACGCUGCACAUACAUCGGCAAUGACGACAGUGCCACGUGGCCAUCAGCAACCUACGAGGAAUUCGAACCAGUGCCACGUCUCUGCCGUAUAAUUCUUGCAGUAUACGAACCAAAUCUCCGUAACCCAAAGUACCCGCCAGCUGGCGGGUACAGGUUAAACCCGGAUUGGGUCGUUAAACGGGUCACAUAUGAACAAACAUCAGGUCAAGCGCCCCCGUGUUUGAUCUACUGUGAUCACGAGCACCAAGAGAUUGUGCUCGCGAUUCGGGGGUUGAAUUUAUUGAAUGAGAGUGAUUAUAAAGUUUUGUUGGAUAAUAGGUUGGGACAACAAAUGUUUGAUGGAGGGUAUGUGCAUCAUGGGCUGUUGAAAUCUGCUGUUUGGGUUUUGAAUAAUGAGUCUGAGACUUUGAAGAAACUUUGGAUUGAUAAUGGAAAGAGCUACAAGAUGAUAUUUGCAGGGCAUUCUUUGGGUUCUGGUGUGGCGUCGUUGCUGACAAUAAUUGUGGUGAAUCAUAAAGAUAGAUUAGGAGGAAUUCCAAGGAGUCUUGUUAGGUGUUAUGCAGUUGCACCAGCAAGAUGUAUGUCACUCAACUUGGCUGUUAAGUAUGCUGAUGUAAUACACUCAGUCAUAUUGCAGGACGAUUUCCUGCCAAGAACAGCCACGCCGCUCGAAGAUAUAUUUAAAUCCAUCUUCUGUUUACCCUGCUUGAUAUUUUUGAUAUGCUUGAGAGAUACCUUCAUUCCUGAGGGCAGAAAACUCCGAGAUCCAAGAAGACUUUAUGCACCUGGCCGAAUGUAUCACAUUGUAGAAAGAAAAUUUUGCAGAUGUGGGAGGUACCCUCCAGAUGUUAGAACUGCUAUCCCUGUUGAUGGAAGAUUUGAACAUAUUGUCUUAUCAUGCAAUGCUACAUCUGAUCAUGGAAUCAUUUGGAUAGAAAAAGAAUCUGAAAAGGCAUUUGCAAGACUUAAGGAGGCUAGUGCUGAGACCGCUACAACUCCCCCAAAAGUGCAGAAAAUUGAAAGGCUGAAAACAUUAGAAAAGGAACACAAGGAUGCACUCGAAAGAGCUGUCAGUUUAAAUAUACCACACGCUGUGGGCGUAGAUGAAGAGGAAUCCUCAACACAGAAAGAGGAAGAAUGCAUGCAUGAUAUAAGUAUAAGUGGGGAGGCAUCUGAGAAACAGGGCGAAGAUGCAUCUACAAGCAAAGCCCAAGGCAGUGAUUCAAGAACUAACUGGAAUGAAGUAGUUGAGAAGCUUCUCAGUAGAGACGAAACUGGGAAAUUACGAUUAAAGAGAGAAGAAGCAACUGGUGCCCAGUAGCAACUCUGUUCCAAGGUUCUUUUCCUCUCUUUUGUCUAUGAUUGUUGUAUGUUUGAGAAAAGCAUUAGUCAGAUUCCAGCAGCUCAUAAUUCUUUUAUAUCGAUAUAGCCCUGUAAUGUACAACCACUACCACCAGUAAUGUACAAUCUGCAGCCCCAUCAAAACUGCGGUUUCAAAUUCUUUUGUGCUAUAGUUCCUCGUAGAAUUAGGUUCAUGAAUUCGUGAUGUUCAUUUGACAUUC